CACAGGGGGCGCCUGCUUGCACGCACAUCUUGUUGUGUUUCUGAUUGUUCACGUUUCACGAUUCGAAACAGGAAAGCACUAGGUUGGAACUCGGAGCUGCUCGCCUAGGUGCAGAAGACUCAAGAUGCGCGACUCGGACAGCAGGAUACCAAAGUUGUGCUUGCGUAGGCUACUCGCCGGCCAGGACCUUGCAAGCACGCCAACAAGAUACCACCGGGCAGUACGACGACGAUAUUUCGGAGCGAUCUCCAAGGCUGACAAGAGGACAGUUGUGGGUAGUCCUCGACUGCGCGCUCGCUGUACUCACCUGCGGUGCGCGACGACGACAGGCACCCUUUGUUUUGGCGCACUUUAUUCUGACUGGCAGUGCCGGUACUCAGCGAGCCGACGCGCAGAGCCGCCACGAGCGGUCGCCACCCCACGAACCUCAUACACGCUGGAGCAUGGGCGCGAGGAGGCACUAGGAAACGGCAACCCAGACCCAGGUCGCGGCUCGCUGCAAAGCGAACUUACCCUUCUUCGCUCGACCUCGUCGAGUCUGAGGGAGACAAAGAAAGAGGAAGCCGGACGCGUCUCCUGAUGGCAGGCGUAGACUGCAACGGCCACUUCGCGAGGUGUUAAGUGAGUCGUUGUC